AGUGUGUGAGAUUAGCGCCUGGGAUAAAUUGUCAUGGUUGUUUUCAUGCCAGUGUCGGAGGGAGAAAAAAGUUACGUUGUUGCGAGCUCCAAUCUAACGAGUUCGUCUUGAAGCCUUUUGAAGACUUUGAAGAACUUUUACACAACAUUUCCCAUCGGGGGAAACAAAAUUAUAGUCGAGGGAGCAACAAUGGGGAGCGAACCAGGCCCAGUUCAGAUUGUGACAGUGUGCAAGGAGGAUCACUCCUUCACGCUGGACGAGGAAGCGCUCGCACGUGUCCUCUUGGCCUCUGGCGUCCGAGACAAGCACGUGGUGGUGCUGUCGGUGGCUGGCGCCUUCAGGAAAGGCAAGAGCUUCCUGCUUGACUUCAUGCUGCGCUACAUGUACAGGAAGGGCGACGAAAACUGGCUGGGUCACGACGAUGAGCCACUCACGGGCUUCUCUUGGCGAGGAGGCUCGGAACCAGAGACGACCGGCAUCCAGAUCUGGAGCGAGGUCUUCCCCAUCCAGAAGAGUGACGGAACAGAGGUGGCAGUGAUGCUGAUGGACACUCAGGGAGCAUUUGAUAACCAGUCUACAGUGAAAGACUGUGCCACCAUCUUUGCCCUCAGCACUAUGACCAGCUCCAUUCAGAUCUACAAUCUGUCUCAAAACAUCCAGGAAGAUGACCUGCAGCAGCUGCAGCUUUUCACAGAAUAUGGCCGUUUGGCCUUGGAUGAAAUCUUCCUAAAGCCCUUCCAGUCUUUGAUGUUCCUCAUCCGCGACUGGAGUUUUCCAUACGAAUACACAUACGGCUUUAAAGGAGGCAAUGAAUUCCUGGAUAAACGGUUACAGGUCAAGGAGGCCCAGCACGAGGAGCUGCAAACGGUGAGGGAGCACAUCCACUCCUGCUUCACCAACAUUUCCUGCUUCUUGCUCCCCCACCCUGGCUUGAAGGUUGCCACCAGCCCGUCUUUUGAAGGACAGCUUAAUGCGGUGGCACCAGAGUUCAAAGAUCAGCUGCGGAUUUUGAUCCCCGAUCUGCUGCAUCCUGACAACUUGGCCGAGAAGGAGAUCAAUGGAAAUAAAGUCACUUGUAGAGGCCUACUCGAGUACUUCAAGGCUUACAUCAAGAUUUACCAGGGAGAAGACUUGCCCCAGCCAAAGAGUAUGCUUAUGGCAACAGCGGAGGCCAACAACCUGGCAGCCGUGGCGGCAAGCAAAGAUCAGUAUUACAGGAACAUGGAGAAGAUGUGUGGGGGAGACCUGCCCUACGUGUCUCCUGAGUCCCUGGAUGAGAAGCACCAGUUUUACUUUAAGGAGGCUCUCUACGCCUUCUCCUCCACCAAGAAGAUGGGUGGUCAGGAGUUUUGCGACCGCUACCAAGCGCAACUGGAGAAGGAGCUGGAGGAGAUGUGGGAGUCGUUCAGCAAGCACAACGAGUCAAAGAAUCUGUUCAGCGCCUUCCGAACCCCGGCCGUGCUGUUUGUGCUGGUGUGCCUCCUCUACGUGCUGUCAGGCGUGCUGCUCUUCGUGGGCCUGGCCACCUUGGCCCUGGUGUGCGACUGCGCCUUGGGCGUGGUCAUGAUGUCCAUGCUGACGUGGACCUUCAUUCGCUACUCCGGCCGUUACCGCGACGUAGGCGGAGCCAUCGACCAGGCGGCGGGCACGGUGCUGGAGCAGGCCACGGUGGUGCUGAACAAGUCGAGAGGGCAGAGCCUCCCUAACGUGAAGAAAACCAGUUAGAGGACCUCAGGCUUUUGAUCAUCUCGAAACGACGCAAAGCCGCACGCAGCACAGACCCACAUUCAGCACAAAAGCCUUUUCAUAUCACCGCCCUAACUCUAACUUCCUCCACCCCCCUCUCUGGGAGAAACACGCACCUCAACCACACACACAGGGCACAGAGAAAAUGCACAAGUGAAAGAAAUGUUCCCAAAACACAGCAUCUGGAGUACCUGCAUUGGGACUCCUCGUGUUCAAGUUCAUUAUUGAAAAAGCUCACUGGUUUGAAUGCAUCCUACAUUCUUUUAAUACUGCCAUGUUUACAAAACGUUUAUUAGGAGAAAUACUUUCAGACGGUUAUGGGAUACUUUUUGCAAACCAUUGUUGAAUAUUUUUCUAAAAAGGCGGGAUUUUGGAGCUAUUAUAUACACAUUUUAGCGGCUCCAUUUUUUUCUUUUACAUUUUGCCUUAAGAGCAUUCCAAUCACUAUCAAAAUGUAACAUUCCUGUUCAUGUACAGUAGUAGACUUUCAUUGAAGUAGCAAGGAGGACGAGAUUAUGCACUUUGUGUCAUGGUAAACAGCACCAAAUGAGAGUGGCUAGCUACAGUGAACCCCACGCUAUUCGCCAAAACCUGACAGUCAUUGACGCUCCCCUAAAAAGGCGGCAAAGGCACCAAAAUGCCACCAGAUGACAGCAAAAUUUCUAUUUUUGUCUAAAUGACGUUCAUCAACUCACUUCAACAUUAGUUCCGUGACACCAAGAUGCCGCGAGAUGGCAGCAAAGCACUAUUUUCAUCUAAAUGAAACUCCUCAACUCACUUCAACAUAGUUCCAUGGCACUAAGAUGGCACCAAAGGACUAUUUUUAUGUAAAUGGAACUCCUUGACUCACUUCAACAAAAUUCCAUGGCACCAAAAUACCACAAGAUAGUGGCAAAGCACUACUUUUUCUAACCUCAACUCCCCUUUAACAUAUUUCCUGGACACCAAGAUGGUGGUAAGUUAAUACUAACAAUACUUAUGAAAAAAAUGUGCAAAUAGGUUUAUUUGUGAAUGCCAAACCGCGAAUAAGUGCAGGUUCACUGUAGUUUAAUCAACAAAAUCAUGCAUUCCAAAUUCUCUGCUGACCAUUCCCUUCAUGUUACACGAAAUAGAUUUUGAUACAGAAAACUAUAAUAUUUUUACAUUAUUUGUAGGAACUGGUUUCUGUGACGUUUACUACUCCAAAGGUUAUAUUGAUUGAUGAUCACCUAACUUAAUGAUAUAGUAACCAGAUAGCCAAAGAUUUAGCUUUGCUUUUGCAGCCUCUUUGAAUUAUCCACUCUGUAUGUUAUAUGAUGACUAUACAAACUAUAUACUGUUGUGUCAACGAGAUCAUUUUUAUGCAACAUACUCAAAAUAGCAGUAAAAUGCUACACAAUGUCAUGCAAGUGAAAAAGGAUGAUAGAAGAAUGUGUGAAUGUACUGCAGAGAUGGAUGUAGUAGUGUAGAUUUGCACUUGGGCAAUGAAGCAAAUAAACAAUUGGAUCAUUCA